AAAAGAUUGAACUGCUAAACCGGAUAUUACGGCGAGCGAGGGGUCAACAGUUCUCUCUCACAGCCAUCUUGGAUAUACCAUCUGAGUCGCUACCAUGCCAGGCGAAGCAACAGAAACGGUCCCAGUCACCGAGCAGGAGAUGCAGCAGCCUCAAGUUGAGACUGCAACACCUCCUGCCCAAGCUGCCACCCAGAAACCCAAGGCUGCUGGUGGCAAUGUUAAGGCCAAAGGCAAAGAUGCCAAGAGUGGGUCGAGUGCCACUGCCCCAAAGGCUGUCCCUGGCAGAAGAAAACGAUCCUCAAUGUCUGCCUCUUCUGCAUCUCCUACUUCCCCAAAGAAUACUCCUUCCUCAACCCCACGCUCCCCUGUAGCAUCUCCUCUAGCCUCUUCUAUUGAUUCAUCUAAAACCCCAAAGGUUGUUAAGGCUGGUAAACAAGGAAAACCUAAAAAAGGGGAAGCCUUUGGGUCGCCUUCAGUCCCUGCACCUGUGGAAUCUAAGGCAGCUCCUGCAGAGAUUAAGCCAGUAGACCCUAAGCCAGACUUGGUUGAAGUGAAGGCUAAACCUACUUUUGCUCAUCCUCAAACGGCCUCACCAAGCCUCACCAAGCCUGCUUCCGCCCCUGUUGCCUUUAAGGUGACCUCAAAGCCUGCAGCAUCAGCCCCAGUUUCAUUUUCAGAUACUCUUGAGUCCGGCACCUCCAAAGCACUAGUUGAAAAUAAAACCGCCCUACCUCAAGCAGCCCCGGUUACUCCAGUAACUGAUGAGGAUCUCCCACCCCUCAUCCCACCAGAAAAGCCAGUCAGUAUGCCAGCUGCUCCUCUAGAAGCCGUGAAACCAACACCCAAGGCGGAGGCUGUGACUCCUUUACCCAAGGCAGAAGCUGCCAAGCCAGCACCCAAGUUGGAGGCAGCCAAGGUGGAGGCUACCAUGGUGGAGGCCCCCAAGGUAGAGGCUGCCAUUCCGGCACUCAAGGUAGAGGCUGCCAUUCCGGCACUCAAGGUAGAGGCUGCCAUUCCGGCACUCAAGGUAGAGGCUGCCAUUCCGGCACUCAAGGUAGAGGCUGCCAAGGUGGAGGCUGCCAAGGCGGAGGCUGCCAAGGUAGAGGCUGCCAAGGUAGAGGCUGCCAAGGUAGAGGCAGCCAAGGUGGAGGCUGCCAAGGUAGAGGCUGCCAAGGUGGAGGCUGCCAAGGUGGAGGCUGCCAAGGUGGAGGCUGCCAAGGUGGAGGCUGCCAAGGUGGAGGCUGCCAAGGUGGAGGCUGCCAAGGUGGAGGCUGCCAAGGUAGAGGCUGCCAAGGUAGAGGCUGCCAAGGUAGAGGCUGCCAAGGUAGAGGCUGCCAAGGUGGAGGCUGCCAAGGUGGAGGCACACAAGGUAGAGGCUGCCAAGGUGGAGGCUGCCAAGGUGGAGGCUGCCAAGGUGGAGGCACACAAGGUAGAGGCUGCCAUUCCGGCCCCCAAGGUAGAGGCUGCCAUUCCGUCCCCCAAGGUAGAGGCUAGAAAGGUGGAGGUACCUGAGGUAGUGGCUGCCAAGGUGGCGGAUGUCAAGCCAGCUCCAAAGGUAGAGGCACCCAAGGUGGAGGAUGCCAAGCCAGUUCCAAAGGUAGAGGCUGCCAAGGUGGAGGAUGCCAAGCCAGCGCCCAAGGUAGAGGCUGCCAAGGUGGAGGAUGCCAAGCCAGCGCCCAAGGUAGAGGCUCCCAAGGUGGAGGAUGCCAAGCCAGCGCCCAAGGUAGAGGCUCCCAAGGUGGAGGAUGCCAAGCCAGCGCCCAAGGUAGAGGCUCCCAAGGUGGAGGAUAACAAGCCAGCGCCCAAGGUAGAGGCUCCCAAGGUGGAGGCACCCAAGGAGAAGAGUCCCAUGCCCCGUAAACUUACGUUUGCUGAGGCUGUUGCAAAACCUGUUGUUAAACCUGAAGUUGAGAUUAUCAGUCAACCCCCUUGUGAAUCUGAAUCAACCCCAAAAUCUGCCCCUUCAACUGCUAAAACCUCAGCCAAGGCGGUGCCUGUGAUGAAGAACGACAAGGGAUCUGGCACAGAGUCCGACAGUGAUGAGUCGGUACCUGACUUGGAGGAACAGGACUCUGCACAGACACAGACGCAGCAGGCCCAGCUUGCAGCUGCUGCCGAAAUUGACGAAGAACCAGUCAGCAAAGCCAAACAGAGCCGCAGUGAAAAGAAAGCACGAAAGGCAAUGUCAAAGCUUGGUCUGAGGCAGGUAACUGGUGUCACCAGAGUGACCAUUCGCAAGUCCAAGAACAUCUUGUUUGUCAUUACCAAACCAGACGUUUACAAGAGUCCUGCAUCAGACACCUACAUCGUCUUCGGUGAAGCUAAGAUUGAGGAUCUCUCUCAACAAGCUCAGCUGGCCGCUGCUGAAAAGUUCAAGGUACAGGGAGAAGCUGUUUCAAACAUCCAGGAGAACACACAGACGCCAACAGUACAGGAGGAGAGUGAAGAGGAAGAGGUUGACGAGACUGGCGUGGAGGUCAAGGACAUUGAACUUGUCAUGUCGCAAGCCAACGUCUCUCGGGCUAAGGCUGUACGGGCCCUGAAAAACAACAACAACGACAUUGUCAAUGCUAUUAUGGAGUUGACAAUGUAAUCGGAACGCUCGGGGCAAAGUGGUCAAUAAAGGUUGCUGAUUUACUCUACACUUGUUUGUACAAUUUAUACCCAAGAUGGAAAUAAAGUUGUGGCUUGAUAAAAUGAAA